GUAUAGCAAACCGCUAUAACAUAGAAACACGUGAUAUAAACACACAAUUGUUUUGAAUGUGUUUUAAGUUAUAAUUGUAUUAACAAUAGACUAUUGACUGUCAAAUAUAGUGAACCGUAGGGACAACUGGCCAUCAAAUCGGUGACCAAACACAUACACACUGACAAUGUUUGUCGAGUACAUCGCUACCCGUGUCGCCCGAACCCGAUGGCUGUCUACCGGCGUCGAUGACCAUCGGGGCGGCGCCAGUGCGCUGUCUCACAAAUCGGGUCUCAGAUGGCUGUGCGGUACGUACGGCCAAUACAAGUCGGACAAUCGACUAUCGGUGUGGACCAGUGUCCAGACUGGCGGCAGUAGCGGCGGCGACGUGAAUGUCGAGCUCAAGUGCGAAACGGACGCUACCGUCGGGGCCGAUGUCCGCCAAAUCAAUCUGCUAUCAAAUACGUCGGCAGCCGUAUCGCUGGCCAACGGCCAGAUUGUCUACUUUACGUACGCACCGAACCAACUAACUCGUAGACAUUGUUGGGAACCGUCGGACCUGGAUAUCGACCAGGAAAUUGCCGCCACCAACGACUCGGUAGUCAACCGUAAGACUGGCGAACUGAUCGCUUGCGGCGACAACGGACGCCUCCGAAUCAUCCGAUUGGAUCAGUUGUCACCUGAAACCCGAUCUCCGUGUCUGACGACACAUAACUCACUGAAAUCAGUGGAUUUGAUGUCAAACAGCGAAAUAGUUUGCGGCACAUCAGCUGGUCAUCUGAAACUAUACGAUCAGCGAUCGCAAGCGGUAACCCUAUCGAUGGCCAACCAGAUGUCGGUGAUAACAUCGGUAAAACGUAAUCCAAAUAAUCCGCAUAUGAUUGCCUGCGGUAACGAUGUGGGCGUAAUGUCCAUAUGGGAUGUCCGAAACGGUGGCCAACAAGUCAUCCAGAUGUCUGGCCAUACAUCCUAUAUAACGGAGUUGGCCUACAAAUCCAAUGAACCCAACGUACUGUUGACCUCAUCAUUGGACGGUUCGCUAUUACGCUGGAAUAUGUCGGCCGAUACCAAACUGGCUUCAGUGGACGCUAUUGUUGGCCGCGACGCCGGUUCGGCGAUAACAUCGUUUGAUGUCAACUCAUUGGAUGAGAUAGUAUUCAGUGCCGACAAUGAAGUCUUAUAUUUGGGUCACUUGUGAUGAAAGCUUUUCUACAGUAAUAAUAAUAAUAAUAAUAAU